AUGACUCCCAAACGACCAGUUAUUAUUGCCAACUGCUCUGGAAUGUCAGUCUCUCGAGACAGAAUGGUUGCGAUGAAGGAGCAAGCUCUCCACUCGCCUGAUGUUAUAACUGGCGAUUAUCUUGCUGAGUUCAACCUGGCAUUCAUGGCAUCAUCACCCAAAGGCCGAUACGAGCAAACAUUCCUGGCAGCAUUCAACAAUGCAGCUCAAGAACUUGCAACUCGUAAAAUCAAACUGGUGGUCAACGCAGGUGGCAUGGAUCCAGCUGGUCUAGCUAAAGCAACUCGUGACGUGCUACGUGCCAAGAAUCUAUCUCUAAAAGUGGCGCAUAUUGAAGGUGACAAUAUCAUGCCGCUCAUACCUAAACUUUUGUCAUCAGGACACGAGUUACGAAAUCUGGACUCUGGACAGCCGUUUCGAAAUUGGGGUAAAUCGCCCGUGUCGGCGAAUGGGUACCUGGGAGGGUGGGGUAUAUGUGAAGCUUUAAAGCAGGGUGCUGAUAUUGUGAUUUGUGGCAGAGUAGCUGAUGCGUCGCUAGUCGUUGGUGCGUGUGCAUGGUGGCAUUCAUGGAAGCGCACGGAUUUUGAUGCACUGGCUGGCGCAAUGGUUGCUGGUCAUGUUAUUGAGUGUUCAGGUCAUGCAGUAGGAGGCAUGUUUUCUGGGUUUAAAGAUAUUAAGAGUAUGAAGCACUUGGGAUACCCUGUCGCUGAAGUGGCUCAUGAUGGAAGCACCGUCAUUACAAAGUAUCCAAAUACGAACGGACGCGUCACAGUCCACACCGUCACGGCUCAAAUCAUUUACGAGAUUCAAGGACCAGCUUAUCUCAAUUCAGAUGUGACCUCACAUUUCGAUUCAAUCCACAUUGAAGAGAUUGCACCAGACCGUGUUUUACUCUCUCACGUUAAGGGGUCUGCUCCACCUCCCACAACAAAAGUCGCCAUAAAUGCAAUUGGCGGCUACCAGAAUGAGCUUUCAUGCUUUGCGACCGGCCUUGAUAUUGAAGAGAAAUGUCAAGCAAUGGAGGAACUGGUGCUCGGGGAACUGGAUCCCGAGAAUGUUAAAAAAUUCGAUUAUAUGAGGUUUCAACUUGUUGGUGCUGCAAAGGAGGAUCCAGAGACACAGGACGAGAGCACCGUGCGUAUACGUAUUACGGUACAAGCCAAAGAUCGGAAAUGUAUUGAUGAAGGCAACUGGUCAAGACCUAUACUGGGAGCUUCUCUGACAGCUUUCCCUGGCUUCUACGUUACAAUUGGCAGACCACCAAGUCCUAUACCCUUCUACGAGUACUUCCCAGCUCUGAUACCAUACUCGGAACUCAAGCAUCAAGUCGUUUUGGAGGAUGGACGGAUUGUGGCCGUUCCACCAACCCUUGAAACCGCCAUUCCACCUCAUCAUCCAGCCGACCAUCAAAUCGCACCAACCAAGGAGUUUAUGCGCAAAUUUGGACCCACAAAAAGGGCUCCACUUGGGCGGAUUGUGCAUGGACGAGCUGGAGACAAGGGAUCAAAUUCCAAUAUUGGCUUAUGGGUAGAAACCGAUGAAGCCUACGAAUGGUUGCGAAACUUCAUGUCUACCGCUCAACUACGAACAUAUCUGGCUAAAGAACUAGACAUGAUUCCAGGCGGUUGUGUCAUUGACCGAUGUGAAUUUCCAAGAUUACGGGCAGUCCAUUUCAUUCUUCGAGGAUAUCUAGGAUGUGGAAGUUCUAAUCGUGGUGUCAUGGGAAAUCAUAGGCUAGACGCUUUUGGCAAGGCCGUCGCUGAGUUCGUGAGGGCUAGAUAUGCUGAUAUUCCAGUCUCAUUACUGGAAUCUUCACCAUUGGGUGUUUCACUAACAAAAACAAUCAAACCGCCUGUAGUUGAUCUAUAUGCCAAAUUGUAG